CUCCAGUAUAUAAGGCGCGACACGUUCGCCGACCAGCAGCACUCUGCCCCGUCACCAUCCACCAUGAAGGUCUUCAUCGCAGUCCUCGCCCUGGCCAGUGUGGCCGCAGCCACCACCGUCAAGGCCCUGUCUGAACACGUGCACGACCCUUCACUGAGCAUGAGGGUGGUGCCCGUCUACGGCGCAUCCGACAUCAACUUCCAGCUGAGCCAGGAGAAGUACGGCAUUAAGGGUCUCUAUGACAUGCCAAUGGUGCUGGCCGGCAUUUUUGGCGGCAAGAUGUUGGCCUCCCGCCUCGGACACGGCCUCCAGAGCCUGUACCAGGAGCCCAAGCUGUCCCCCGUUGUAGACAACGCACUGACGGGGCCCGAGACAGUCGCCCUGUUUUUAAGCGCAGCUCGCACCCUGGACAUCCCCGAGCUAAAGCUUACUCCCAUCAAGAAGAGCUACUUCACGCCCACGAGCACCGGUGUCGAAGCGGCCGCCGAUGACUUCGACGCACUCCCCUGGGUGUAUAUCGUCGACAAACCCUCUCUCCCAGCCGGGAGCCUCGAGAAACUUCAAGAGCUUGGACAGUUUAACGUCUUCCACGACAAAAUUGUGCUGGAGCACGAUAUUCUGGCUGAACAGGCUGCUCAGUUGUUCAAACCCAAGGAGGAAGUGCAUCCGAGCCUCCUUCCAAGCAAAGACAUGAUCUUUAACAAGAACGUCCACCCCAGCCUCUUACCUCAGUAGGUGAGCCAAGCCUUAGAAGUCUCUGUUUCCGUUAUUUUCCAAAAAUAAAUACCAUAAACUUUUCUUUGCGGUUGAAA